AUGAAAAGUGCUUUCGUGUUUCUUGUGAUCAGCGUCGUUUUCUGCACGGCUUCCACCCCUAAUAUAAGUCCUAUUUCAACUGUGAUUGCCAAUAUAUUGAAACAGGGUGAAGUGCACACUAACCACCUUCAACAAAUCAGACAGAAGUUCAUCGAUUCUAUUAACGAGAAGAUCGAAAAAACCUUAACCGAUUUUCAAAAAGUGAACAUUUUAUCAAAAGCCAUAUCUAUCAAUGACAACAUAACGGCAAUCUUCACUAAGGCCAAUGAAGUGGACGCCAAUAUUAUCAAAACAAUUCUAUCAUCAAUCAAUGAUGUGGCGCAAGAAUUUCUUACAGCUGUUGAUACCGUUUUAAGUGAGGUGAAAUCUCAAGUGCAAGACCUUAAAUCCACUAUCAACGAAUCAGAUUCUAACAUCAAGAAAACAAUUAUUGAUAAUUAA